GUCUGCUGACUUAUUAUCAAAGUAGAAAAUGUCUGGAAGAGGCAAGGGAGGUAAAGGCUUGGGAAAAGGAGGCGCCAAGCGUCACCGUAAAGUUCUCCGCGACAACAUCCAGGGCAUCACCAAGCCCGCCAUUCGCCGCCUGGCUCGCCGCGGUGGAGUCAAGCGUAUCUCCGGGUUGAUCUACGAGGAGACUCGCGGUGUGCUGAAGGUGUUCCUGGAGAACGUCAUCCGUGAUGCCGUCACAUACACCGAGCAUGCCAAGAGGAAGACUGUCACCGCCAUGGAUGUAGUCUACGCUCUCAAGAGGCAAGGCCGUACUCUGUACGGCUUUGGCGGCUAAACACUUCAUACAUCAAACAACAAAAAGGUCCUUUUUAGGGCCACACACUCCUUCUAAGAGCUUACAUUCUAAAACUCAACUAUAAGGCUUACUUGUGUACUAAAUGCUAUACGUACUGUCCGGUUAGUAUUGUGAAAUAGUGCAAUGAAUAUAGUUCUUCAAUCGUAAGCAAUAUAUACACUUAUGUAGUCGAGGUCUAAAGUUAGUAUAAAAUUGGAUUAUAAGAUAUGUAUACAUGGUGUGUGUGGUACCCCAACAGAUCAUCUAUAGCAGAGGUAGGGAACCCAUGGCUCGGGAGGCAGGUAGGGCUCUUUUGAUGACUGUAU